AUGGAUUCCUUCUUUUGGCCACCUGAAACCAACAGCUUUCGACGUUUCACCCCUGAGUCCUUGGCAGCUAUUGGGGACAGAAUUGCUAAGAAAAAAGAGCAGCAAGGCAAAGAUAAAAAGAAGAAAAAGGACCAAGGAUUUGAAGAAGAUAAAGUUACUCCUCAGCUUGAUCUGAAAACCUACAAAAACCUGCCAUCUCUGUAUGGGGACCUUCCUGUGGAGCUCAUUGGAGAACCCCUGGAAGAUCUUGAUCCAUACUACAGUGAUCACAAGACUUUUAUGGUGAUAAAUAAAAGGAGGACUAUUUUCCGGUUUACUGCCACACCUGCCUUGUGUAUAUUUGGCCCUUUCAAUCCAAUCAGAAAAGCAUCAAUUAAAAUUCUGAUCAAUUCAUUAUUUGUUGGCUUUAUUACAUGUACUGUGGUACUCAAUUGUGCUUCCAUGGCUGUAAAGGACUUUCCAGAAGCACUCAGCUGGACUGAAUAUCUUUUUACUGGCAUAUAUACUGUUGAAAUAUUGAUAAAAGUAGUAGCAAAAGGAUUUGUUUGGAAUGAGUUUACCUUUCUUCGAGAUCCAUGGAACUGCUUGGAUCUUGUCGUCACUGUCAUAGCGUAUGUUACUCUGUGUACUCUUAAAGAGAAGUUUUCAGCUCUUCGAACUUUCAGAGUACUGAGGACUCUGAAAGCUAUUUCAGUAAUACCAGGUCUGAAAGUCAUCGUAAAUUCUCUUAUUGAAUCUGUUAAGAAACUCACUGAUGUGUUGAUCUUGACUGUUUUUUGCUUGAGUGUAUUUGCUCUAAUAGGCCUCCAACUUUUUAUGGGCAAUUUAACAUCCAAAUGUGUCCUCGAAAAUACUACAUACCAUGACAUAUUAUGUAAGGACGCCAAAAUAUACGUACCAGACAAUGAAGGUAAGUUUUAUAUCUGCUACAGAAUGAAUAAAUCUUCUGAAAUAUUGCUUUGUGGGUUCAGUUCAAAUCCUAAAAAAGAGUGUCCAGAAAACUAUACCUGUAAGAAGAUUGGGAAGAAUCCUGACUUUGGUUAUACAAGUUUUGAUCAUUUUGGCUGGGCUUUCCUUUCUUUAUUCCGUCUGAUGACACAGGAUUACUGGGAGCGUCUCUACAGACAGACUAUCCGUACAUCUGGAAAGAACUACAUUUUAUUUUUUCUGGGGGUCAUCUUUUUGUGUUCAUUUUACCUCUUCAAUUUGAUCUUGGCUGUAGUAACUAUGGCAUAUGAGGAGCAAAACAGAGCUACUCUUGCUGAAACAGAGGCAAAGGAAAAACUACUUCAGGAUGCAAAAAAAAUUCUAGAGAAAGAACAGAUGUUGGCUGCAGAAGGUAAUAAGGCCUUACAUAUCAUGUCUGAAACGUCAGUUGCUGACUUGAAGAUUUCAAAAGAAAAAGAGCUGGACAAAGAAAAAACAAAUUUGAGGCAAAGCUUAAUUUUAGAUGAUCACAACAAAGAGGAGUAUAUAUUUCAUUCACAGCCUGGUCACUGCCACAAGAAACUUAGGCAGGUGCUGCUGUCCUAUGACUUGUCAGUGGACUCUAUUAAUGAUCCCUUUCGAAGACAGAGGUUAAUGAGUGCAGCCACUGUUAUUACAGAUAAUUUAAAAAUGCAAGAGUCAAAACUGAGAUGCCCUUUACUAUGGAAACAUUUUGCUCAAAAGUAUCUAAUUUGGAACUGUUGUCCAUCCUGGAUAGCAUUUAAAGAGAAGGUGAAAUUGAUAAUUUUGGAUCCAUUUGUUGAUCUCUUAAUCAUGGUUUGCAUUGUCAUAAAUACCUUAUUCAUGGCUCUGGAGCACCCUGGCAUGGACCGCAGUUACCGAAAAAUGAUUAGUAGAAGUGAUAAGGUCUUCACUUUGAUUUUUGCAGCAGAAAUGAUCUUGAAAAUCAUCGCUCUAGAUCCUUACCACUAUUUUCAGCAAAAAUGGAAUAUUUUUGAUAGCAUAGUUGUUAUGAUUGGCCUAAUAAGCUUUGAGGAAAAUCUGUCAUUUUUCAGGCUGCUCAGAAUCUUCAAAUUGGCAAAGUCCUGGCCAGCCUUAAAUACUCUUAUGAAAAUAAUUCUAAACUCAGUUGGUGCUCUGGGUAACCUCACUCUGGUUUUGAUUAUCACUGUAUUUAUUUUUGCUGUAGUAGGAAAGCAAGUUUUGGGCCAUUAUUAUAAGAUUAAUUACUGUAAAAUAAACACUGAUGAGAAUUUACGCUGGCAUAUGAAGGAUUUUUGUCAUUCAUUCCUGAUUAUUUUCCGAAUAUUAUGUGGAGAAUGGAUUGAAACCAUGUGGGAAUGUAUGGAAGUGGCUGGAAAAGAGCGAUGUCUUCCCAUUUUCUUGCUUGUCUUGGUGAUAGGAAACCUGGUGGUGCUCAACCUAUUCAUUGCCUUGCUGCUGAGUUCAUUCAGCACUGAUUCCUCAAUGGGACAAGAGGAAAGUGGACAAAUGAGUAAAUGUCAGAUUGCUAUUGCACGGAUUCAUAAGGGCCUGCAGUCUGUGAAAGUCAGAGUGUUAGAUCGUUGUGGCAAAAUAAUGAAACAAGACCUCACGGGGAAAAUUUCUGCCGAAGACAUAGAGGAAAAUAACUAUUCAAUGACAGAUGUCACAAAGGAUGUGGACAGCAAUUGCUUUGACAGUGGAUGUUACAAUACUGAAGACAGCUCCUCAAUAAUGAAAAAAUAUGAAGAACUUUUAAGCAGUCGAGAUACCUGUGUUCCCAUUGCAGUAGCAGAGACUGACACUGAUGAAGGAGAUGAUGAACACAGAAUAUACACAGACUUAGAAUACAGAAAACAGAAAUGUGAUGUUGGUAGCUGUUCUGAAGCCAGCACUGUAGAUCCAGUUACUCUUCUGGAGAUAUUUUCCCAUCCUAAAAAGUCACAUCUACCUAAGGACUGUUUUGGAGAAAGUUGUGUUGAACGUUUCACGUGUUGUGUAGUGGAUACCACUAAGUUUCCAGGCAGAACUUGGUGGAAAUUUAGAAAAACCUGCUACAGAAUUGUUAAACACAACUGGUUUGAAAAUUUUAUAAUUUUUAUUAUUAUAUUGAGCAGCGCAGCACUGGCGUUUGAAGAUAUUCACCUGCAGGAGAGAAAAACAGUGAAAAUAAUCCUAGAGCGUGCUGAUAAAAUAUUUACCUAUAUCUUUUUUAUGGAGAUGCUUCUGAAAUGGGUAGCUUAUGGUUUGCACAGUUAUUUCACAAAUGCCUGGUGUUGGCUUGACUUCAUCAUUGUAUGUGUAAGUAUUAUGUUUAACUUAUCUUAAAUUUUGACUUGUUCCACUGAGAGUGCCCUGAAAUCUCUCAGGACUCUUAGAGCAUUGAGGCCUCUCCGAGCUUUGUCAAGAUUCGAAGGGAUAAAGGUUGUUGUGAAUGCGCUCUUGGGAGCUAUCCCGUCAAUCUUGAAUGUUUUGCUCGUCUGUGUUGUCUUCUGGCUCCUAUUUAAUAUUGCAGGAGUAAAAUUACUUGGAAAAAAAUUUUCAAAAUGCAUACUCGAGGAUGAAAGUAUCAAUCUAAUUGAAAACAAAACUGAUUGUGCUGUCUAUAAUGGAAAGUGGACAAAUAAUGAUGUAAACUUUGAUAAUGUUGGGAUGGGAUACUUGGCUCUUCUCCAAGUGGCAACUUUUAAAGGUUGGAUGGAUAUUAUGUAUGCAGCAGUGGAUUCACGUAAGAUAGAUGAACAGCCAAAGUUUGAAGCAUUCUUAUCCAUGUAUAUGUAUUUUGUCAUUUUCAUUAUAUUUGGAUCUUUCUUCAUGCUGAACCUCUUCAUUGGAGUGGUUAUCAGCAAUUUUAACCAACAAAGGAAAAAGAUAAGUGGAAAAGAUCUAUUUUUGACUGAGGAACAGAAAAAGUACUAUAGUGCCCUAAAAAAACUUGGAUCCAAGAAACCUCAAAGACCCAUCCCAAGACCAUUGAAUGCAUUCCAAGGAUUACUGUUUGACAUAGUAUCGCACAAAGCAUUUGACAUGACUGUCGUGAUUUUCAUCUGCCUGAACAUGGUCGUUAUGAUGGCAGAAAAUAGCCAGAGUGGCAUCAAAGAUGUUCUUAAUAAAAUCAACUAUUUUUUUGUGGCUGUAUUUACCACGGAAUGUGUCAUAAAAAUCCUAGCCUUAAGGCAAUACUUCUUCACCAGUGGAUGGAACAUAUUCGAUUUAGCUAUUGUGGUCCUUUCACUAGUUAGUAUUGGACUCUCUGAAGGCUUUCAAACUUCCUUCUCUCCCACGCUUUUGAGAGUUUUUCGGUUGUCCCGAAUUGGCCGAAUCCUGAGGUUAAUUCGAAAAGCUAGAGGAAUUCGAACUCUGCUUUUUGCGUUGCUGAUGUCUCUGCCUGCUCUGUUCAACAUUGGUCUUUUGCUUUUUCUGGUCAUGUUUAUUUAUGCCAUUGUGGGCAUGACAAACUUUGCCUGUCUUGGCUGGGAAGGUGGGAUUGACAACCUUUUCAACUUUCAAACCUUUGAUAGUAGCAUGCUCUGUCUCUUCCAAAUUACAACAUCAGCUGGCUGGGAUGGUCUUUUGGCCCCCCUGUUGAAAGGAUCUGGUUCAUGUGCUCCCAAUUUGAAUUUAACAGAUGAUCAGAAAAAAAAUUGCACGAAUAAGGAGGUUGGUAUUUUGUAUUUUGUAAGCUAUGUUAUUAUAUCAUUUCUCAUUGUUGUAAAUAUGUACAUAGCUGUCAUUUUAGAGAACUUCAGUGUUGCUACUGAAGAAAGCACAGAUCCUCUUUGUGAAGAUGACUUUGAUAUGUUUUAUGAGACAUGGGGCAAAUUUGAUCCUCAGGCAACACAGUUUAUUGAAUAUUCUGCUCUUUCUGAGUUUGCAGAUGCUCUGGCAGAACCUUUACGCAUUCCAAAGCCUAAUAAAAUUCAGCUCAUAUCCAUGGACCUUCCCAUAGUUAGUGGAGAUAAAAUCCACUGCUUGGAUAUUUUGCUUGCUUUCACUAAAAGGGUCUUGGGUGAAUCUGGAGGUUUUGAUGGUCUUGAAUUACACAUGGAAGAAAAAUUUAUGGCUGCCAAUCCAUCUAAAGUUUCUUAUAAGCCAAUUACUACUACUCUUAAAAGAAAACAAGAGGAAGUAUCGGCUCUUAUUAUUCAAAGGGCCUUCAGGAGGCAUUUGAUGCAGCGCUCUUCUGAAAAUAAACCGUUCUUAUAUCAUCGUAAGCGUUGUAAAAGUACUGCCUUUGAAGACAAAACACAUGAGAAGGAAAGCCUUAUUACAUCCAUGCUUAAUCAAAAUAACGGUAAUAAGCUAGAUAAAUCACGAACUACUUCUUCUAUAUCUCUCCCUUUAUUUCAUGAUGGCAUUGCUGGAAGAGAUAACAAUAAUGUGGACAUAUAG